AUGGCCGACACACAAUGUUGUAGCUCCACACAUAGCCUGUCCGCACAGCCAUCCAGAGGAUACACUCUCGACUCGCCCACCCACAUGCAUACUCCCUCUUCAUCCGCGCCUUCCUCUCCCACUUACCCACCGACCCCCAUCACAGGCCUUUCCGCCAGCGCUGUUCCUUUGCUUCCAACCACAGCGAGUGCCAAGCCGGUAUCCACGCAGGCCAGUCUUCCAGCGCGCUGUUACGCGGCCAUGCGCAACGGUGCAAGGCGACUCUUCGGACAUAGUCACUCGCAUGGCGAUAAGCACAGCCACAUUCAUGGAUCGUGUGGUCACAACCACGGUCAUCAUCACCACGGCUAUGGCCUUGUUUCCACCGAGGCUAAUGACGAGCACCACCACAGUCACGGACAUUCGCAUGCACAUCACCACCAUACUUCUGAUCAUCCACACGAUUGCGACCAUGACCAUGACCACGAGCAUGACGACGUCGAAGUCUUUACCGAUUCCAAACAUGGCGAUUAUCUUCAUCUUCCCGGACGAUACCGCGUGACCCUGACUGUUCUCGGGAUGGACUGUCCCUCGUGCUCCCCCCGUGUCGUGCGUGCCUUGAAUGACCUACCGAGCGUGGGCGAAUGUCAUGUCGAUGUGUUUGCCGGACGAGCGACGGUAACCUACCAUCCGGACCAUGUGGAUACAACCGAAAUGAUGCAGCAUGUGACGGACUCCACCGGCUUCAAGUGCCAAAUUGUCCAGGAUGGGCCAGUAGGAGAAUCGAGCGGACCUACGAGGAGGAUGAGGAUUCAGUUGGAUUUGCCGAUGGAAGAAAAGGACCCUGAGAUGAGGGGUGUGAAGAUCGUCCAGGAGGAACAGGCCGAAUUGAUCGAGGUGGAGUACGAGGCGGGGUUGAAUCCGCGUGAAGUAUUGGGUGCAUUCAAGCCCUGGGGUGGAGUGUAUGUUCCACCAGCACAAGAAUCCAGUAUCGACUCGGCCCAGCGAGAGGUGCUCCGCCUUUUACAUCUCACAACCGUCUCGGCCCUGCUCUGUUUUCCCGUCUUGGUGUUUGCAUGGGCCCCGCUUCCCCCACAUCCGACUCUGUAUGGCGGAAUUUCCCUCGCUUUGACAACGGUGAUCCAGCUGUGCGUCGCUCGGCCAAUCUACGUAUCUGGCAUCCGGGCUUUGACCGUUCAACGGACGAUCGAUAUGGACUUGCUCGUCGCACUGAGCACCGGGACCGCGUAUCUUUUUUCCACUGUUGCCUAUGGGUUCCGCGAGGCCGGACGACCGAUCAACCACCAAGGAGAAAGCUACUUUGAGACAUCUGCACUCCUCGUCACGCUUGUCAUGCUUGGUCGACUCAUCGCAGCCUACGCCCGCCGCCGAUCGACAAACGCAGUCGCUCAGUUAACCUCCAUGCAAGUCGAUCAAGCCACGCUCGUUCAGCCAACCGGCGAAGUACAAGUUAUCCCGACAGGCCUAGUGCACAUCAACGACAUCCUCAGACUCGAACCCGGAGACCGAAUCCCUACCGACGGACGAGUGGUGAGCGGAGAGGGGCACGUAGACGAAAGCUCGAUCACAGGCGAGAGUGCUCCCGUCUUAAAGCGAUCCGGGGCGGUACUCGUGGCCGGAACAGUCCUCAUGGGGUCCAACCGGUCCGGUCUCGAAAUGCGCGUGACGCUAUCACCCGACGAAAACACGCUAUCACGUAUGGCUGAACUUAUGCGCGCCGCGCAAGGUGCGAGGCUACGAGUGCAAGAUACGGCGGAUCGAGUGGCCGGGUGGUUGGCUCCUGUCGUUUUGGUGCUUGGUGCGAUCACGUUUAUUGCCUGGGCGAGUGUUGGUCUUUCCGCCGCGAAUCGGGUGGUGGAUGCGACGGCGCGAGCGGCGGAGACGAGAGAGGCGGUGGUAGACUCGAUCGGGUACGCGGUCGCUGUGUUGGUGGUUUCGUGUCCGUGCGCGAUUGCGUUGUGCGUCCCGAUGGUGGCUGUUAUUGCUGUGGCUGUCGGAACUCGCCGGGGUGUGCUAUUCAAGACCGUUGAAGCACUCGAAAGCGCAUACGACGUCUCGGUGGUGGUGUUCGACAAGACGGGAACCCUGACUCUCGGCAAACUGUCGGUUGAAGACUCCAAGUACUAUACUCAGGAUACUGUGCCAUGGCUCGGGACCGAAAGAGGGAUUCAGAGCGUGGUUCGGGCUUUGACGGGUUCAUCGACUCACCCGGUGUCCGCUGCGGUACACGAACACGUUGUCGCUACCCUCGCGAGUGCUUCUCCGCUACAGACCGACGGACUGGAUGUGAAGUCUGUUCCUGGAAAGGGUGUUGAAGCGACUGUGGAUGGAGUGGUAAUCAGGGGCGGGAGUGCUGUGUGGGCGGCUGGAGGUGGAGUUGUGAAGGACCUUGGGGACCAUACGGUGUUUGUGGUAUCGGUUGCAGCUGACCCGGCUCAUUCUGUGUUCACUUGUAUUGCGUACUACAUUCUCUCCGACUCUCUCCGUCCCGACGCACUAUCGACUAUCAAAUCCCUCACCCAGCGCGGACUGGAAGUGCACAUCCUGAGCGGCGACAACCAUGGUGUGGUGACACGGACAGCAUCUGCCCUCGGGAUACCGACAGCCCAGGCGCGCGGCGGGUGCUCGCCUGAAGAAAAGGGCCAAUGGAUCAAGUUCCUGCAAGGUGCUGACGGCGACGAGGACUGCGAGAAGGGAUGCGACUCGGAAGCGUCGAAGCGUCGAAAAGUGAUGUUUGUGGGAGACGGCACCAACGAUGCGUUGGCGCUCGUCCAGUCGGACGUGGGCGUAUCUUUGGGCGGCGGCACGGAUGUGGCAUCGAGCGCGGCACAGGUGGUGUUGCUGUCAUCGUUGAACGCAGGGCUGACGGAUGUGUUCAAACUUGCGCGGGCGGCUCGGCGGCGAGUGUGGAUGAACUUUGCGUGGGCUGGGAUGUACAACGCUGUUGCGAUUCUUCUUGCGUGCGGUGUACUCGGUCGAGCUAGGAUACCCCCGCAAUGGGCGGGACUUGGUGAGCUGGUCAGCGUGCUGCCUGUUGUUCUUGUCGCAUGGAGUUUGGGUGUUGGACGCGAAGGAAUGCUUCGCCCGAUCACUACCAUGACCCGAAGGCAAGGCCAGCAACCCUCUACAAGGACUAUCAUCACCAUAUACCCCCACUUUGAUGCACUUUCAGUUUCGUCGAGAGUUCCGCUUCCUCCAGGUCCAAGAGGAAAUCUGAUAUUUGGAUCUGCUCUGGAGCUGCGAACGUCUAAAGCCUUCUGGAUCAACUUUGCAAAAUGGACCGAGCGGUUUGGUCCAAUCGUCUCUAUCAGAAUGUUGUUCCAGCGAAUGAUCAUCGUUGACGACCCCAAGAUCAUCACCUAUCUUUUCGAGAAAAAGGCUAGUCAGUACUCGGAUAGAUAUGUCAGCCAGCUGGCGUUACUAAUUGGAUGGGAAAAUGACAUCAUAUUCAUCGAAUAUGGUCCUUUACUCAAGCACUACCGCACGCUCCUCCAACGCGCACUCAACAACCGUGUUGUGCUGGACUAUCUGCCUCUUCAGGAACACGAGGCUAAACGGCUGCUUCGGAGAUUGUAUGAUACACCCGAGAGGUUUAUGCAGCAUAUCCACUUGAUGGCAGGAAGCGUGGCCAUUCGGAUGGUAUAUGGCUACAGGGUCGACUCGCCCGAUGAUCGGCUUGUUCAAGCCGCGGAACAGGUCAUGGCAAUCUUUUCGGACAUCAUGGCACCUGGCAGAUGGAUGGUCGAGAUCUUUCCAUUGUUACGAUAUAUACCGAAAUGGUUUCCCGGCGCUACGUUCCACAAGGCGACUGCUUCUUGGGUACCUAUACUGCAAGCAACAGAAGAUGAAACGUUCGAGUAUGUCAAGUCUCAGAUGGCAAAGGGCGUAGCCGAACCAUCGUUUACCGCUAAACUCCUGCAGAAGGAAAACGGAGAAGAAGUAACCAAGCAGGAAGAGAUACACAUCAAAAGCUUGGCAGCUUCGUUGUAUGGCGCGGCGUCUGAUACAACCGUGUCGGCUGUCAAGUCGUUUUUCCUUGCCAUGACGCUAUACCCGGAUGUCCAAGCCAAGGCGCAAUCGGAAAUCGCCACCUAUCUCCAGACUCACUCAGACAAACGCUUUAUCACGAUGGACGAUAAACCGCAUUUACCCUAUGUCAGCGCACUUGUUCGAGAAACACUACGAUGGCAUCCGGUUCUUACCCUGGUCGGACAUCGCUCGAAUGGAGAGGACGAUGAGAAUGUGGUAGUGGGGGAUAAAACGUAUCGUAUUCCGGCACGAACCGCAGUGAUUGCAAAUGUCUGGAAAAUCAUGCACAACCCCGACGUGUAUUCGAACCCGGAGAAGUUUAUACCAGAGCGGUUCUUGGGCGAUAGCCCUCCGCCAUUUCCUGAAAGCUAUGCGUUUGGGUUUGGGAGGAGCAAAGCCAAAGAUGAAAAUGGAGCGGAAAUCGUGCCGCGAGAAGAUUACACCAACGACAUCAUCACACACCCACUUCCGUUCGUAUGCGAUAUCCAACCCCGCCCCGGAUGCGAGAAAUGGCUAUCCAAGAUUGAAUGA